AAAUUUUUUUGCAAUAAAUUCUCCGAAGCAUGAUCAAUAAAGACACACUUCGUCUCGUCUAUCGGAUUUCGCGCGAUUUGAUACUUGUCGCUUGUGCCGCCGCAGUUUACAUCGGAUUCAAAGUCGCCUUUAACGUUUUCGAAUUUCGAAAUAGGACCGGAUUCUACUGUAGCGAUCCAGAUUUAUGGUAUCCGUACAAAGCAUCGUCAGUUCCAACGAAAGUUUUGCUUUGGUAUAUUUGUACUUUGAUCCCGAUCGGAGUUUUUUUGGUUAUCGAAGCAAAAUGGAGCUCGGGCGGAAUUGUGAGGUUUUUUAAUUUUAAUUUUCCGAUCUGGAUUCCGGCGACGUACAAUCGGAUGGUUCAAUAUGUCCUCGGAUUUUACCUGCAAAUGUCAUUUAUGCUGCUGCCGAAAUUUUUUGAUGCCCCACAUUUCCUCAGACCGCAUUUUAUGGCAGUUUGUCAACCUCUGAUCGGACCUCAGAACGUUUCUUGUGCGGAAAUCACGAAUCCCCAUCAGUUUAUCACGGAUUACGAAUGUCGAACGGAUGCUGGAUUUACAAUUUCUCAAAUCCAAAACGUUUAUUUCACUUUUCCGAGUGGACAUACAAGUUGCAGUUUCUAUACCGCCGUUUAUUUGGUCGUUUACCUCCAAAAUCGCGUUCGUGCCAAAAGUUUCCGUGAACUAAAAUUAAUUUUGCAGUUCCUUUUACUGAUAAUGGCGACAUCUGUGGGCAUUACGCGUCUCCAAGAUCAUCACCAUCAUGGCGUCGAUGUCAUUUUUGGCGCCAUUCUUGGAUCAGGAAUCGCCAUUUUCGCAAAUUUAUCACUCCAAAAACUCUUUCCCACAGUUCGGGACGUCACGGGAUUCACAAAUCACGGAAGCGACGACCAGAAUCACAAUAAUUUCGAGGGAAUUGACAUCCAGCGGCAACAAAAUCCACAACAACAACAACGCUCGAAAUGAGUUUUGAGGUUAAUUUGGUAUUCAGCACGGCAAUAUCCUACAACGACAACAGACAACGGGCAUUAUCUCAUAAUAAUAAUUGAAAUGUUCUUUCUCUUCCUUUAUUAUUUUUUUUUUAAAUCACACACGAACGGGCAUUCCGUAAAUAGAGACACACAUAAUUUAUUUAUUAUUAUUGAUGUUCGACGCGCAUUUUUGACGACGAGCGACGUGCUGUGAACUGUUAAUUUUAUGCUAAUAA